ACAUCAUCUGCAGCCAAGGCUAGAGAACUCAUUUAAAAGGGACAUGGGAGCAUGAGGAAUUGCAUGGAGAGAACAGAUGUGCUGCCUGUGGUGGUAUCUCCUACAGCUCUUACCUGGCAAUCUGCUGCUGCCUGGAAGGGAUUGACAGGAACCUCUGUGGACAGCAAAGGAACCUGGAGAUGAAGUGAAGUUGGUGUGGUAGAACACUGCUUUUUGCCGAGUGCCAGCCCUGCCAUCCCCAACAGGGAUGAACUCUGGGUAUUUCUUGAACUCUUCAGCACAUCACAGAACUCUUGUUUUGGGAUAUCCUGCUUAAACCCGUGGAGGAAAACCUGCCAAUAGCCAAAAAUGACUUGAGUUGGAGAGCUGCUGCUUUAUCCACAGGGCCAGCUUCCAGUGUCCCAUCUGGAUGUACCGUGCACUAUGGUUCACAUCAAUGUGUUGAAAAAGUUCAUGUGUGUUCUUGUGGUGGUCCUGGUAGCACUGACGGUUUGCCUGUGGAGAGAAACGAGAAGAAACUACUAUGAUCCUUUGAAGACCAGGAAUGAUGAUUUGCAGGGGCACAGGAGUUUGGAGAAGUGGAACACUGUUAAAUCACAAGGCCUUUUCCAUGAAGCAGCCAGUGAACUGGGGCAGGUAUCCAAAAUGUGGCUUGGUACCCAAAACAAAGUAAAAGGCAGCACCUCUGAAACAGCUGAAAAGUCCAAGAAAGCAGCCUUUGGUAAGGUAUGGGAUAAGGACAGCUCAUCCAGAAAUCUCAUACCCAGGCUGCAGAAGGUCAGGAAAAACUACCUGGCCAUGAACAAGUACAAUGUGACUUACAAUGGGAAGAGGAAUGCUAAGCUCAGCCCAGAGAAGCUGCUGUGCCAGCUGCGGGACAGAGUCAAUGUGACCAUGAUCCAGAGGUCGGAUGGUCCUUUUGGUACCUCUGAGUGGCAGCAAUACCUGCCAGGGAAAAGCCUCAGUGAAGCAGUGGGACACCUGGGUCGCUGUGCUGUCGUGUCCUCAGCAGGGUCUCUGAAAUCAUCUCGCUUGGGACAAGAGAUAGACAGCCACGACGCCGUCUUGCGGUUCAAUGGGGCUCCUGUCAGGGGCUUUCAAGAUGAUGUGGGGCAAAAGACAACAAUUCGUCUUGUGAAUUCCCAGCUUGUAACUGUUGAAGAACAGCAGUUCCUGAGGGAACCAUUAUAUAACACUGGAAUCUUAAUUGUCUGGGAUCCAGCACCAUAUCAUGCAGAAAUUCGUGAGUGGUACAGAAAACCAGAUUACAACUUUUUUGAAAGCUAUAAAGCGUAUCGUAGAACACAUCCAGAGCAGCCCUUCUAUAUCCUGAAUCCCAAAAUGCAGUGGCAACUCUGGGAUAUUCUGCAGGAGAAUUCCCUGGAGCAUAUUCAGCCUAAUCCACCAUCAUCAGGAAUGCUUGGCAUCGUGCUCAUGAUGACACUGUGUGACCAAGUGGACGUGUACGAAUUCCUGCCUUCCAAGCGGCAGACAGACAUCUGCCACUAUUACCAGAAGUUCCAUGACCACGCCUGCACCAUGGGAGCUUACCACCCGCUCCUGUUUGAGAAGAACUUGGUGAAGCACAUGAACCAGGGCACGGAUGAGGACAUCUACACUCACGGCAAAGUCACCCUGCCUGGCUUCCGAAAAGUGCAUUGCUGACAGAUUGGUUUUACUGUGUUUCGUUUUCCUUGACUUUCAAAGCACUUUUUAAACCAGGGUUGUCAGAUUUGUUAGGUCUAAGCACUGGUGUGUUUUGACAGCUCUUCCAUGUAGCAAGGCUUGCUCUUAGGACUUUGUUGACCAAUUCUGAGCUGUAAGGCUCACUGUGGUACAGCCACUGACCUGCAUGAGUCACUGCAAUAAAUGGACUCCCAGUGGAGCCAGGUUCUUGCAGCAUGUGGAUACCUCUGGCUUCAUCUCAGCCGAUGACGGGGUAGGGGAGGCACAGGAGAGGCUUUCUAAGCAGAGAUUGCACAAGUCAAGAUCAUACAACAAACAUAGUUCAGUUUGCUUCAAAGGGAUUGUGACUGCCAAAAACCUGGGCCAUUGAGAAACUUGAAAAAUUGUUUAAAAUUUGUUCCUGUAGUCAAGGACUCAUCAGAGUAGGGAUGAUUUCUGGAAAUGCUGUCAAGCUCUGUAAUGAUAAGUGCAAAAUAUUUGAUUUUAUAAACAGUCCGUGAACUUCCUUCCAAAUUGAAGACUUCUGAAACAACUCAGGUGACAUUUUUGGCAAAGGAAAAGGAAAGCAAUUAAUAAUUCAGUGAAUCUUGCAAGACUUUUUAACGUUCUUACUUUUUUAAAAAUAAUUUAAAAUAAAUUUUAGCAAUCAUUUGCUUUUCCAGUACAGUGGUGGGCUUGGUACAGAAGAACCCUUAUUAUCAGAAAGGUUUUGGGAAGCUGCUCCAAAGCACAGAUGGGAGAAUGCACUGGAAAUAAGUGCCUUUUUCCAUCUCUCUGCUGCUCUAUCUUUGCAAUUGUUUAAUUACUUGCUGUACCCAUUAACACAAACACCACAGAGCUGCUGCUAGAUGAGUUCCAGCCCUCUGCAAGCCAACAGAGGGGAUCUCUCAACUGCUGUGUGCUUUUCUGCAUAGGUGGGGAGCAGGUUUGCUACUUCUGUGCUUCAGGAGUGGUGGGGAGGGAGAGCGUGCUCUGCUUCUCAUGCUGAAACACAGGCAGAGCUGAGAAGGGCAGAUUCUUCUGCUCCUGGGGCUCUGUGGCAGCAAGGUGGAAGGGGUAGCUCUGCAAUCUCAAUUUGUCGGUGAGAACACCUUCCCUGUCUUCUGUACUUGUGUGUUUCAUCAGGUCUGUUAAGAAGGUUUUCUCCUGUUUUGAAUAAAUCCUGUGACGUCA